GGAAGUCUUAUGGCAAUUCUUGGUUGCGUGAACAGUUUCCCCCUGCCAUGUCACGUUAUAAAAGCUGAACUUGUAUCACACACGUUCACACUCAGUUGACACUCAUUCCGUUAAGGCGCUCACAGCGUUCGAGGAAACGAUGAGCCCUGGUUUAUUGGUGAGGACAGGAUAACCACGCUGUCUCGUCGGGUUUGUUCCAGGCCACUGACCCAAUAAGACGCUUUUGCCUCCUGUGGUUCAGACUGCGUGACUGAUCAAACCUCCCUGCACUGCAGCCUGUUCUUCCCUCCAGAGUCAAGGACAUAAUGUGACACAUCUCGAUUCCUGACUGACUAGAGCGACUUCACACACAGAGGCCACCAUGCAGCGGUGUCACACCGGCCUGUGUCUGUCCGUCUACAUCAUUACCUUCGUCCUGGGCUUCCCAGCCAAUGUCCUGGCCUUCUACACUUUCUCCAAGAAAGUGAGACAGAAACCCACGCCGAUUGACAUCCUGCUUCUCAACCUGACCAUCUCCGACCUCCUCUUUCUCCUCUUCCUGCCCUUCAAGAUGCAUGAAGUGGUCAACGAUAUGAUCUGGGAUAUGCCCUACGCCCUCUGUCCACUUUCUGGGUUCAUCUUCUACAUGACCAUCUACACCAGCACCUUCUUCCUCACCGCCAUCAGCGUAGAGCGCUACUUGGGUGUGGCCUUUCCCAUUCAGCACAGUCUGAAGCGGCGUCCUGCGUAUGCUGUUGCUGCCAGCAUCUUCUUCUGGAUUUUCUCCAUCCUCCACCUGAGCAUUGUGUUCAUCAUACCCUUCAUUGGCACGGAAGAGUCUAUGAAUUCCCUUUCGGCCUCAAACAGCUCUUCCACUGCUGAGGACAGGGAGGUAUGUUAUGAGAAUUUCACUCAGGCUCAGUUAAACAUACUCCUGCCUGUGCGUCUGGAGCUCUGCGUGGUGCUUUUCUUCAUCCCGUUCCUUGUUUGUAGUUUUUGCUACAUCAAUUUCAUCAGGAUUUUGUCUAGGCUGCACAACAUCGACCGACGUCGGCGAUACCGGGCCAUUGGCAUGGCUUUAGGAACGCUCUUGGUGUUUGCUGUGUGCUUUGGCCCCUACAACAUCUCGCACAUUGUGGGUUUUAUUACGUGGAAAAGUCCUGACUGGAGAGACAAGGCCCUGCUGUGCAGCACCUUUAACGCCUGUCUAGACCCUAUUAUUUUUUACUUCUCUUCCUCGGCCGUCAGAGGGACUGUGGGCCAUUUGAUAAAUGGGGUCAAACGUCGCUUCAACCUGUGGAUCCCCUGUUCCUCGUGCCAGACCUUCUGGGGGGAGAUUAGCAAGACUUCAGAAGAUAAGGAACACAAACAAGACGAGACCAAUACUAUCUGAGCUAACUGAAAGGGAGCUCCAAACAUUUUUCCUGUUUGUUAUUUCUUAUCCCUCGAGGCAGGAAAUGAAUGCAAUGUGUCUGCUUUCACACGUGAGAAAAAGGACUCUGCUGUAAAAGGCACAGCGUGGUUUUGUUUGACUGUUAUGCACUUCCUGUUUGGAUAUGAGACAAGACAGGUAACUUUCUCUCUGCCUGAGCAAUCUACACCAAUUUCUUAUGCAAGGCAACAUGUAAAGCCACAGAGACAGACUAGUCUGAACCGUCACAUGAAAUAAAAAAUGUUUUUUACACAAAGCAGCAGGAUUUUAGAGGAGCUACAUUAAUGUGUGUCAAGUGUUGUGGAGUGCUGCAGUAGAGGGGGAAACAAAAUGAAUAUCUAAGCAACAGCUUCACGCAUCAUCCCCACACGCAAACAAAAGAGAGGAAGAUUUCAUUCCAGCUCCACUCCUGACCAGAAUCUGUUGUUUGCUUGCAAAAACGUACUUGUUAUGUCAAUUGUCGGUGAUACAAGUGGAGAAUGUUGAAAAUUACAUGGUCUUGUACAGAAAGUAAACCUGUAUUUUAUAGCUUUGGAAUUUGCUUUUUAUCUGAGCACUCAUUUAUGUUCACACGUGCAGCUGAUAUGUAUCUGAAUUCUGUAUGAAAGGAGUUAAAAUAAAGUAACAUUAUUUUCA